UUCGCCGCCGCGCCGCCGCCGCCGCCGGUUCUCGGGCUCCAGGGAGUGAAGGCCCAGAGAUGUUUGGUAAAUUUGCCUGUCACACAGGUAGAACCAGAAUUUAAGCCCAUGUCUUCUGAAUGUAAAUCCAGUCUUUUUUUUUUCCCCCAACUGUAACUGGCCUGCUCCCACAGUAGCCCAGUAAGGUUUUAUACUCUUAAAAACAUUACAAGCAACUUCUGAUCCUCUGAGAUUAAAGUGGCUUUCUUCCUUGGUUAUAAUGUUCUGGCUGCUUGUAUUUGUGGUGCUGCUUCAUGACAUUCUGGGGAGCAACCAAGAUCAAACUUCUCACUUGAAAGACCUUCCGGGGCCAUUGUCCUCCACUUCUUGGAACUUUCACUUACCUGAUGAGCACGUGCCUUACUUUCUCCACAACAACAGACAUCUUGCUGCAGUCUGUGACAGGGAUCCACAGUGUCCUUAUAAAAAACAUUUAAAGCAUCUUGAAUCCUGUUGGGGCUAUGAGAAAGCAUGCAGACCAGAGUCUCGGUUUGGUUAUCCCAUGUGUAAUUAUGUGGAUAUGGGAUGGACUAAUACCAUUGAAUCAGCUCAGGAGAUAUUCUGGAAACAAGCAGAUUUUGGUUAUGCAAAGGAGCGCCUGCAUGAAUUACGGACCCUCUGUCAACCUAUGGAAACAGGUGAUUCCUGGCUACUUUGUUCACGCUACCUUCAGUACUGCAGAGCAUCAAACCUAUACAUUGAUCUAAGACAAGUGAAGAGAAAUCAUGACAGAUUUAAGGAAAACUUCCUACAGAAAGGUGACAUAGGAGGUCAUUGUAAACUUGAUGUUCGUACAUUGAUAUCUGAAGGUCAACGGAAAAGCCCUCUACAGUCUUGGUUUGCUGAACUACAAACGUACACAGAGCUAAGCUUCAGACCUAUCGAAGAUGGCAAGUGUGACAUCAUAAUAGAAAAGCCAACUUACUUCAUGAAGUUAGAUGCAGGUGUUAACAUGUAUCACCACUUCUGUGAUUUUAUCAAUCUCUACAUUACUCAGCACGUUAACAAUUCCUUCAGUACAGAUGUCAACAUCAUCAUGUGGGAUACUAGCUCCUAUGGAUAUGGGGAUCUAUUCAGUGAGACUUGGAAGGCAUUCACCGACUAUGAUGUCAUCCAUCUGAAAGUAUAUGAUUCAAAAACGGUAUGUUUCAAGGAAGCUGUCUUUUCCUUACUUCCCCGAAUGAGAUAUGGAUUGUUCUACAACACGCCAUUGAUCUCUGGCUGCCAAAAUACGGGAUUAUUUCGAGCAUUUUCCCAGCAUGUGUUGUACAGAUUGAACAUCACACGGGAUGGACCACAGGAUGGAAAAAUCCGUGUCACUAUCCUUGCCCGCAGUACAGAAUAUCGGAAGAUAUUAAACCAGAACGAGCUUGUAAAUGCAUUGAAAACUGUGUCUUCGUUUGAGGUCCGAAUAGUAGAUUACAAAUACAAGGAGAUUGGGUUUCUGGAGCAGCUGAGGAUCACGCACAACACGGACAUCUUCAUCGGCAUGCACGGCGCGGGCCUGACGCACUUGCUCUUUCUCCCAGACUGGGCUGUGGUUUUUGAACUGUACAACUGUGAGGAUGAACACUGUUAUUUAGACUUAGCCAGGCUGAGAGGGAUUCACUAUGUCACUUGGAAGAAGAAAAACAAAGUCUUCCCCCAAGAUAAGGGUCACCAUCCAACUCUAGGAGAGCACCCCAAAUUUACAAACUAUUCUUUUGAUGUAGAAGAAUUUAUGUCUAUUGUCCUUCUGGCUGCAGAUCAUGUGUCUCAACACCCAAAGUGGCCAUUUAAGAAGAAACAUGAUGAACUAUGAAAAAGAAAUGUCAAUGAUUUUUUUUCCAUCAAUUUCAUUGGUGUGAAAUGGAAACCAAAAGGAUCUAAAUACUUGAGCAUCCAAGCUCACAAUUUUUUUAUACCAAAAAAGUGCCAUGUUUAUACCAAAAUGCACAUCUCGAAUGUGGAAAUAUUUGGACUAUGGUCUUUCUUGACUGUUUUUUCUAUAUUAUUACUAUUUAUCAAGAUCAUUUAAAGACUUUUGCACUGAUCAUUUGAAUCCUUCCAUUUUGUAAAUGUAUUCAGGCUCAUAAGACUGCUCAGUUCUUUUGGUUAAUAGGAAUGAAAAUUUCAUGGGUGAGUUAUUGAGCAUUUCAACCUCAGAAUCUGCAAAGAUUUUUGUUGUUAUUUUCAGAUUUAUGUAUGACAGUAAUUGUAAUUUCAAUCAUCACUUCAUCUUAUUUCUGACAUAUUAGGAUUUAGAAGACCAAAGGAAUCUUAAGAAUUCAUAGGAUUAGAGAAGCAUAAAUUCUGGGCUUUGAGUCUAUCUAAUUCAUAAGACCUUGGACACUUGGAGAGAAAGAAAAUCAUGAGAGAGGAAAACUUGGAGUCUGACUUUCAUCUAACAAAGAGAGUUAAUUCAUGAGAGUCUGACUCAUUUUACAAAAAAAGGAAAUCAAGACCAAGCAAGGUUAAAUGAAAUGAUCGGGGUCAACAGCUAAUAAGGGUUUGAGUCAGAACUUGAAAAUAAGCCUUAAUGAAUCUAAAUCCAGAACUCUAUUCCCUCCACCCCCAUCUUUGACAAAGAACUUGCUCUUCUCUAUAAACUAACAAGUAUACUGAGAUGAAAUUAUAUCCUAUGCAAAUGCAAUAGGUUGUAUGUAACUAACAGGAGUCAAAUUUUAAUGUGAACUAUGUAUUGUAUGAAAAAGUAUUUAAUUUUUCUUUCUUAAGUAGCAGUAUUUUGGUUAA